AUGGUGCAUCUCGAUAAUUUUGUCGAAUACACCUCGAAAUCGUUUGCAAUCUUCUACGCCAGCGCAAUCUUAUUCGGAGCUCCAUUAUUGUCCGAUUUUAUUGGCACCGCGGUGCUAGCAGCAACACUAACAGCAUUGGCUGCCGUGCCAGCAUUUUUCACCGGCGAGAAUUAUCAGCAAAUCGCCGAACGACUUACACGACUAAAUUUUAGAGGACCUCGUCUUCUCGACACCAUCCGCCUGUCUUGCGGCUUCUGCGCCAUUCUUGGUGCUUGGCUUGGCGCAUUCGUGCACCCAUUAGACUGGGAUCGUUGGUGGCAACGCUAUCCGCUUCCAAGUCUCGCCGGUAGCGUUCUCGGCUUCUUCUUCGGCACCUUCACCGGCUUCUUCAUUCGUGAGUCAUAA